ACACAGUGUACCAGGGUGAGUGAGGAGCUGAGCACACUGACUUAACAGAGAUAUUAUACCUAAUGGGGCGUAACCAUGACAGUACUGGAGUUUGGAGAAGUAUAAAAAGAGGAAAGGUCACUGUGCGCACCUCAGUCGUUGACAGAAACUGAAGCAGACAAGUCAGUGAGACUGCAGAGCAGAGCAGGAAAAUGAAGUUGUUGAUUCUGGCGUUAGCCCUCAUCCUGCUGUUUACAGCUGGCGGAGCUCUGGACUGCCAUCGCUGCGUCCCAAGUCGGGCCGGAGGAACCUGUCAGACCUCCGUUGAGACUUGUAAACCAAAUAAGAAUGCUUGUAUUGCUGCCAGAUUCCUCCGACAACCAUUUGGCCAUUUUCAGAGGUGCAUUGCCUACUCGGACUGCAAAAUGCUUGAGGCGAACGCCUACAUAGAUGUAAAGUGCUGCACCGAAGACAUGUGCAAUACCUCUAAAAUUUGAAAUUAAAAAAAAGUGUCCAGCUGAGCAUCAAGGCCGUAACCGUGAAUGGGUCCCAAGGCAGACUGCAGCUUCUGUGAGCAUUUGGUAAAGACAUACUCCGUCACUGAGGAAUAAAAGAGUAAAAAAGGAGAAAAA